GCCCGCAUCAACCAGGCUGCCCUAUUGGACAGAGACAAGAACCAGAAUCCCCCUCCUUCUCUCCGACUGCUUAGGCAUCUCUUGGCUCUCAGUUGGCUGCUCGGUUCAGAAAGAGUUCACUCAGUGAUUCCGGUACAUCCCGCACAUAGGCAAAAUCGGAACCGCAGGGUCCAAACCACCACAGGAAAUGUGAAGGGAGAGAAGCAGGUUAGUAGAAAUCUGAUGCAUAUGCAAUGUCCAAUACGUGGACGAUAUGAUUAGAAAAACGUGACAGAAUAGCGUUUAGAGAAAGGGGGUCGUUUUAUUUUGCAGUCUUAAUCCCAUUUUGUGUCAUUGGUACACAAAUACUCUGGGAAUAAGAAGCCUGCAGCGCAGUGGAGGAGGAGAACGAAGAGAGAGCGCCUGCGCGUUUUUUUUUUUUUUUUAAAGGUAGCGGAAAAAAGGGGCCCAGACCUAGCAGACCACAUCUGCUUGUGAUGCCAGCCAGCAGUGUGAGCAUUUAAAUUCGCACUGAAAAUCAAUCAAUGCUUUCCCGAAACAAAACACCGUGCUGGGUUUUUGUCAAAAUGUCCUCAGGAUAAAUUUGAUCCAAGCAAAUCACCAAAAAUAAAUCCAGGUCAGAUUGCAGGGGGCCAUUCGAGAGACACCGUCACGUGACCCCUGGUACCAAAUGGUCUUCCGGCAGUGGUUCUCAACAAGGGCCGGAGCUAAAGACGACAUUGCCACAUUUCCCAGACAUGCAGAAGACAACAUACUACGACAAUUCAACUCUUUUUGGUGGCUACGUGUCUUAUCAGGUGCAGGGGGCAGCAACUGCACCUGUCAACAGCUUUGGGGGCUAUGAAGUCCAAGGGUCUCAUCAUCAGCCAGCCUUCCAGUCGGCAACCCAUCUGGACGUUGACUCUUACCACCGAGCCGCCUGCUCUUUGCAGACACUGGGUGGUGGCAGUGGGCACCAGCAGCAGCAGCAGCAACAGCUAGCCAAAAACAAGGAGCCCAAUGGAAGCUGCAUGAGGCCCACCCUGCCUCCUGAGCACCAUGCUGGCUCCCAAGUCUCCCCACCAUUGGCCCCCAAUCCAAGCGACAGUAGUACCAUAGCUCAGCAGCCAGGGGGCAGUGCUGGUGCCUCGUCAGUCCCUAAAUCAGGCCUCAAUAGGUCAUCGAAUUCUUCCUCUUCCACGUCAUCCUCCACUUCUUCCUCCUCUUCUUCGCUGCCAUCCAACCCAACUUUGGCUAAGCAUAUAUUUCCCUGGAUGAAAGAGUCUCGCCAAGCAACUAAGCAGAAAAACUGUUCGCCUAGCAACAACUCGGGCAACGCAGCAUCGGGUGGAGGUGAGAGCGGUAGCGGCGGGGAGAAGAGUCCAACUACCGGAUCAUCGGCAUCCUCGAAACGAGCACGCACAGCGUACACCAGUGGCCAACUUGUUGAACUGGAGAAGGAAUUUCAUUUCAAUCGCUACCUGUGCCGUCCACGGCGUGUGGAAAUGGCCAAUCUUCUUAACCUUUCUGAGCGCCAGAUCAAGAUCUGGUUCCAGAAUCGACGCAUGAAGUACAAAAAGGACCAGAAGGCCAAGGGAUUAAGUUCUAGCUCAGGAGGGCCUUCACCAACUAGCUCACCGCCUCUGCCCAUGCAAUCCUCUGCGAGUUAUCUCAACUCAAUGCACCCGAUGGUUGGGGGAGGUGGGGGAGGAGGGUCAGCCUAUGAUGCCCCAUCUCCUCCAUCUUUUGGUAAACCUCACCAAGGAGUUUCAUACUCCAUGUCCACUGCCUACUCCAAUCUCCCAAUGAAGGGCUGCCCUCCACAACAGAAGUUUAGUCACCAAGAUCAAGACUACGGUGAGCCACAUCCUCACCACGGCCUCGUGCAGGCCAACACUACCAGCUUUGGAACUCCCACUAACAUGCAGGCCAGUCCAGUGUAUGUGGGGGGUGGCAGCUAUGUGGAACCCAUGCCUGGCUCUGGACCCUCCAUGUAUGGCCUAAAUCACCUGGGCCCAACACCAUCCCAUCACCAAACCAUUGAAUACAAUGGUGGAGGGCCCAUGUCAGCCACUAACCAGCAUCAUGUGAGUGGAGGGGUACCUCCAGGUCCUUGCGACCCACCCAGUCAUACAACGUACACAGAGCUCUCUGCGCACCAUACCUCGACUCAGGGCCGAAUUCAAGAAGCACCCAAGCUCACUCACUUGUAGCACUGGGAAGAAAAAUGAAGGAUGACCACACAAAAUUAACAGGCUGAUUUGCAGGAAAAGCUAUGGAAGAAAAUGAGAUGGAGAGGAGCAAUUCAGUGGUUUAUGCUUUACAUGCACUUAGGGAAGUAAUCAAUGUUUGGCUCAAUAUUGAUGUCAUCACUGUCAACAAAAUGUCAAUGUACUUUAGUCUUAGAAAGACACUUCAUUUGAAUUUUUAUUUAUUAAUUUUGAAUAGGGAAAAAAAACAUCCUGUACCGCUAAUCUUUACGGAGCAGGCAGUAAGUCCAUGUGCAGUUUUUUUUUUGUUUUUUUUGUGGCCUCGACCCACAUUUUAAAAAAUAUGGUUAUUAGAUUGUUCUAAAUCAGUGAUGAACAAAUAUUUGUACGCCACAGAUCGGUUCAUAAAAGUACCCCCAACCCGAAUGAGAAAAAGUUGGGAGAGGAAAUGAAUGGAUGAAAAUUCAGAACAAAUGAGUGACAACCUUAAAAGAGAGCCAUUUAUUUGUCUUUGGUAUGUCCCAUCGAAUUCAAAACUAGCAUCAAAUGAUCUCCGUAGAUCUCAAAAUAAUUGCUCACUUGAAUAAAUGGAAAACUGUUUAUUAAUAUUCUUGAAUAACAUAAUCUGAGACUUCAUUUAAAUAAUAGACACCCCAGAAGACCCAUAUACAAACCAGUCUUCCAGAUGAAAUAGUGGAACAUUUAAUGGGAAGUUACUGAGGUGCUAAGAUUAAUGACAGUGAGGUUUCUUCCCCUCCAGGCAACACAUGUUGUUGUCAUCUGAGCUGAGUAAGUUGAGCUCUUAGAGAAAGGAAAGAAUAGCUGGCACUCUUCACUCUCGCCUGUCCAGUAAAGUGCAUAAAAACGCUGAUUGAUCCUCUGUCUCUUUUCAUCUCCUGCCAUAAAUUUCUGUGUGGAUCCAGAUUUAAUCACAGACCCAUUGUUUUCGAUAUGUCACAACAGCACAUACGCUCUAAUUGGGGCGACGUUUUUUUUUUUACAAUUCAAUUUAUGCAUCUGUACACAACACCUACAAUCACUUCUUUUUCCAGUCCAAAAGCUUCAAGGUUGUAGAUUCACAUACAAUGUCUUGCUAAGUACUUUAGCGUACCAUCUUUGUACACACAGCAAUGCUAAGCUAGUUUCAUUAUUGUUGGUAACUGCAGUCAGGUAACGCCAGCUGCUGAUGUUGUGACAAUGUUUGUUUAUUACCAUACUUUCGCACAUCAUUGAUACAGGGUAUAGAGUUGAGAAUGCUUUUUACUUAUGCCCAUUCUCUCCCUCACUUUCACUAAUGGAAGGGUUUACAUAAAUAGGUGGGCAUAAUUCUUUUAUAUAUAAAUAUAUUUGUUGGGUUUUUUUCUUGCAUAUUUUGACUUUCGAAAUGGAUACAGGGUAUAUAUUUGAACAAAAAUGCCAGUCCCAGGAAUGUGUACACAUUUUUGAAAAAUAUGGGUUUAUUUUUUUAAAUCAUUAGUAAGGAGUUGGGAGCAAGACACAAAACAUAAAAAAAAAAAAAAAAGAAAAUUAUUAACUCACUGUUAAAAGAAUCAAAGGGGAAGUGAACCCACUUUUUUUUUUUCAACAGUAUGUUUUGAGCAGUCCAACUCGUCAAAACAUCAUGUUCUGAUUAUUGUUUCAUUUAUGGAAUAUGAAUUAAGCAAGCAAAAUCGACUUUUUUUAUGCAGCUCCGGGGGCGGCCAUUUUGCUUUUGCUGUUGAUUGAAAAUGACAUCACAGUUGCCUCAUCUCAGGUCACAACCAAUCACAGCUCAUCAGUUUUUUUAAGCUGAGCCAUGAUUGGUUGGGACCUAUAACAUCACGUGGCAAAAUGGCCGCCCCUAAGAUGUAUAAAAGCCGUAUUUAGACUAGUGAGGGCACAUAAACAUCAUAUUGUAAAGAAAAGUUUUGAGUUGACUUCCCCUUUAAGUGUGUCUGGCCCACUAUACACUACUUGAUGCUCUGAAAAUAUACUCAUAUUUUUCAAAAGUGUGAUUUACACAAAUGCUUUUUGCAUCUGGGUGUCGUUGUUGCACUUAGAGUUUACAUUUUUUAAGUUUAAUGUAAAAAAAAAAAAAAAGUUAUUUUGAGGAAGCCUCUCCAAUCAGAGUCCUUCGCAAAUGUGCGUUCAAGUUAACGUUCAUAUAAAAUAUUUAUUUGUUAUUGCCAGUUUAAAAUAAUUCUCUCUCUCCAUUAUCAUUAUUUAUCCAUUGUGUAUUUAUAUUGAUAAAAAAAUGUAAUUUUCUAGCAUUUACCUGUUACGAAUGAAAAACAGCAUUGUGUUUCUUCUUUGUCGAUUGUACUAAAGUUACAAUUUUAGUUCUUGUAUUUUGAUAGGGAAUAAGUAAUUUUUAAGUUCCUACAGUUCUUUUUACAAGAAUGUCUUGACAUGUAAAAGGAAAUAGCAGGGAUGGGGAUUGGUAACCCAUCCAUGCAAAAUUUUGACAACAUAUUAGCCAGGGGAAAGAAUAAGACUUUUUGGGGAACAAUGACUUCUUUAUUUUCCCUCUAGCAACUUUUUAUUUAAUUGUUUAUAGAGUUGUCUGUCCAGCAGUUCCUUAAUAAAAUGUUACUUUAU